AUUGGGUGGAGUUAUCAAAACAUUGUUUGGGAUUUAUUUACGCGAUUCGCUGAACACUAGUAUUUUUGUUUCUUGAAUUAAGUGAAAUACAUAUAUACUUUACAAAUCUUAGUAUCGCAGGGGCUUACAUUUUACAUUUCAAUAUUGUCAUUUAAUAGUAAACAGCUAUAUAUUUAAAUUGAGGAGAAUUGUAUUAAUGCCGCCUCAAAGGUAUACACACGCCAUAGUAGCAAGAAUUUCAGAUUCCCUACAUAACAAUGGAGAAUUUGAUUACGCUAAAGCAAAAACACAACACCAAGAUUUCUGCUCAUUGUUACGGGAUGUUGGGCUGGAUGUCAUUGAGUUGCCGCCAGAUGAAACGUUACCGGAGGGGGUUUUUGUAGAAAAUGCCGCAAUAAUAUGCAAUGGAGUAGCUUUAAUGAGUAAAUCGGACAAUGUAUUGCGACAAAGGGAGGCGGACAGCAUGGAAAUCAUAUUAAAGAAAGAGCUUGAUAUACCUGUAGUUAACCCUAAUAUUUCUAAUGCUAUAUUGGACGGCGGAGAUGUUUUAUUUACGGGUCGAGAAUUUUUUGUGGGCAUAUCCAACUAUACAAAUGAAGAUGGCGCAAAAGCUGUCGCAGUAGCAUUUCCAGAAUAUCCUGUAACACCUAUAAAGGUUAGUGGGAACAAACGCCUAAAAUAUUACAUUUCAAUGGCUGGUCCCGAUGUAUUAUCUGUUAGUACAAGUAUCUACUGUCAGGAAAUUGUUAAACGGAUGGAGCGCGAAGCAAGUUUUAAGUAUCAAAAAAUUACUCUGCCUGAGGAAUAUGCUGCCAAUAUGAUAUACGUUAAUGGUGUCCUCAUACAUCGUUCACCUGAAGAGAUUCCUGUUUCUUAUAAGGUUAUUAAAGAAAAAAUUGACACACCAAGCCGAAAUAUAAAUAUUAGCGAAUUUGGAAAAUUCUCGAGUGGGUUAACUUCGGCCUGCUUAUUAUUGCGCCGAUGGAAAUCAAUACGAAAUAUUUAAAUACUACAGCAGUAGAAUUCGAAUGGUAGUUAAUUCAUUAGAAGUAAUAAUCAUCUUCGCCAAUAGUUGUUUAAUUAAAUAUAAAAUGCUUACAAUGUUAUAUUAUUAACUAGUUCAAAUAUAUACAUACUUAUACAUACAUAUUGUAUAUAUUAUAAAAAUUGUUAUGAA